AUGACCACACCGGCAGGCUCCGGCACAGGCUUCGGUUCCGUGUCCUGGUGGGGUCUGUCCCCGGCGCUGGACCUGCAGGCUGAAAGUCCUCCUGUGAACCCAGACUCGAAGGCAGAAACGGAGCGCGGGAUUCCUGAGCUAGAUGUGCUGCUGCUGGGCUCCGUGGAUGGACGGCACCUGCUGCGAACCCUGGCCCGGGCCGCAUGCUGGCCUCGCAGGAAGUUCAACUUCUACCUGCUGGAGAAUAAUCUGGAAGCUGUGGCCCGACACAUGCUGAUCUUCAGUCUAGCCCUGGAGGAACCUGAGAAGAUGGGGCUGCAAGAGAGAAGCGAGACCUUCCUGGAGGUGUGGGGGAACGCGCUGCUGCGCCCCACAGUGGCUGCCUUCGUGCGCUACCAGGCCGAGCGCCUGGCGCACCUGGUCCUCGAGCCCGACCGCCUGGCAGAGCAGCUGCCCUGGCUCAGCCUGGGUGCCCUCAAGUUCCGCGAGCGGGACGCCCUGGAGGCCGUGUUCCGCUUCUGGGCGGGUGGGGAGAAGGGGCCGGAGGCCUUCCCCGUGAGCCGCCUCUGGGACCUGCGGGUACGCCACUACCUGGGUUCCCGCUACGACGCCCGGCGCGGUGUCAGCGAUUGGGACCUGCACAUGAAGCUGCACGACCGCGGGGGUCAGGUCAUCCAUACUCGCGAGUUCCGGCGCUGGAGGGACACAGGCGUCGCCUUCGAACUCAGAGACUCCAGCUCCUACCACCUGCCCAACCGGACCCUAGCGUCUGGGCGCCUCCUGAGCCACCAUGGGGAGCGCGUGACGGCGCGCGGGUACUGGGGGGACAUCGCCACGGGGCCCUUUGUGGCCUUCGGCAUCGAAGCGGACGACCAGAGCCUCCUGCGGACCAGCAACGGGCGGCCGGUCAAGACCGCGGGUGAAAUCACCCAACACAACGUGACAGAGCUGUUCCGGGAGGUAGCCGCUUGGGGGCGCCCAAGAGCCGCCCAGCGGGACCCGGAGCAGGUGCAGAGCGGGGAGGAUGUAAACCUGCAGCCAGUAGCCCCUGCCCAGGAGUCCUUCACUGUCCACUUCCUGUCCCUUGGUUCUUCCCAAACUCUCCACCACAAGAGCUGCUACAAGGGACGGUUCCAGCUUCUCUAUGUGUCCUGUGGGAUGGUCCACCUUCUCAGCCCUGAGCUCGGGGCCUGUAUGGUCCCUGGAGGGCGCCUGACUGUGGAAUUAGCUCGGUACCUGGUAGACUUGCGGCAGGAGCAGCUGCAGGCGUUCUCUGUCCGGGUCGGGGAGCUGGCUCAGGCUGCUGGGUUUGCCCCUCAGUCAGGGGCUAGGUCCUCAGAGACCUUUGCGCGCUUCUACAAGUCCGAGGACUCUUCUCCAGGCAGCAUUGACCAAGCUGUGGGAUCUGGGACUCCGUCCACAGAAGUCCUGGUCCUGCCUUCCGAGGUCGUUUCCCCACCUCUAGAAGCCGUGGCCUCGCCCCCUGAAACCAUGACUCCACCUCCUGAAGCCAUAGUCACGCCCCCUGAAUCCAUGGCCCCACCUCUUGAAGCCACGAUUCUGCCUCCUGAAGCCAUGGUUCCAACCCCUGAGGAUCUCACCCAGCCCUUUGGAGGCCUGGCCCCACCCUCUGAGUCCCUCAAGCAGCCCUCAGAGUUUCAAGGUUCCCUCUUGGAGGUUCUGGCUCCACCCCAGAAGGCUUUGACUAUGCCCUCCGUGGGUCAGACCCCAAAGCCAGAGAGUCUGACCCCAUGCCGAGUCCCCCAGCUCUAA